GAUUUAGAAGAUUUUCGUGUGGUAUGUGGAAUGAUAAUAUUAUUAUGUUAAAAUGUGGAAAAGAAAUGAAGACUGGAUCUGACUAGGGAAAUUUUUUAACUUCUCGGUUGAAAAAGUGUACGUCAUGAGGCGUUCACAGAAAAUGGUUGGUUUAAUUAUUUCAAAUUUACUCUUAUCAAAAUCACCAAUGUACAUAAAACAAUCCGUGACCUUCAGCACCAGGAAACUACCAGUGUUGACAUUAUUCACUAAGGAAGAUUGUACACUCUGUGAUAACGCCCUGGAAGUUCUCAAGCCUUAUAGUCACCAGUUUGAACUAGAGAAAGUGGACAUAACAUUGCCAGAAAACAAGGAAUGGUAUAAGAAGUAUAGAUACGAUAUCCCAGUGUUCCAUCUGAAUGGACAAUAUCUGAUGAAACACCGCACAGAUCUACAAGUAUUCCUAAAGAGAAUGGCAGAAAUAGAAGGGACGAAUUAGUAAUAAACUGCUGCUCUUUGUACCAAUUAAUUUAUUCUCUUGAAUUAGACAGAAUGACAGAAUGAAUUAAUCAAUGGCUAUUCAAAGCUACUAAUAUGUUCACAACAACUCGUAUAGAUAUGAUAAUAAAAUUCCCUAUAAUUA